GAGACUGUGACAUUCACACAACACUGUGUCUAUACGGCAGUGUCUAUACCUAGUACUCUGUUAUAUCAUCUAGGGGGAGAUCCCACAUCUUAACAAAUAUCACAGCAUCAACAUUGAGCUGUGUUUUAAGACCUACAUCAUUGGGCAAGACCUAUUUCAACCACAUAACCUUCAAAAUGAAAGAUCAGAUCUGUUAUGAUGACUAUCAGAAGACAGCCAGCUGGCUCCUGUCUCAGACGCAGCACCGGCCCAAAGUGGCCAUCAUCUGUGGCUCCGGACUGGGCAUGCUAGCUGACGCUCUCAAGUGCCAGGACUCCUUCCCCUACUCCGACAUCCCUGGGUUCCCACAGAGCACAGUGCAAGGACACGCUGGGAGACUGGUGUUUGGGGAGCUGAAAGGGAAGACGUGUGUUUGCAUGCAGGGACGUUUCCACAUGUAUGAGGGACACUCACUCUGUAAGACUACCUUUCCCGUGCGGGUAUUUAAGCUCUUGGGGGUGGAGACCCUGAUAGUGACCAAUGCAGCAGGCUCACUGGCAGACAGCUACCAGGUUGGGGACAUCAUGAUCAUCAAAGAUCAUAUCAACUUCCCUGGUCUGGCCGGGCUCAAUCCCCUCAACGGACCCAAUGAUGACAAGUUUGGUCCCCGGUUCCCUCCCAUGUCUGGUGUGUAUGACAAGGACCUGCGGAAGAUAGCCUUUGACCUCUGUAAAAGCAUGGGCGUCUCUCAGUUCGUCCAGGAGGGGGUUUACUGUAUGGUGGGAGGUCCCAAUUUUGAGAGCAUCGCAGAGGCCAGACUCCUUCACAGACUAGGGGUGGACGCUGUGGGAAUGAGCACAGCACCAGAGGUGGUGGUAGCCACCCACUGUGGCAUGAGGGUGUUCGGCCUCUCUCUCAUCACCAACAAGGUGGUGAAGAGCUACAACGACACAGAGUCUGUCAACCACGAAGCUGUACUGGAGGUCAGCAAGCUGCGCUCGCAAACGCUGCAGAUGCUGGUCACAGAGCUGGUCAGCCGGAUGGACAUCAACAACAACACGACUUGAACUGAAGAGAGCAGCAAGAUGCGAAGCUACACCGAAACCUUUCCAAUUCGCUCGUCAUGAUGAAAACAUUCAACAGCGACCCGGCCAAUGGCACCCUAUUCCCUAGUGCACUACUUUUGACCAGAGCCCAUUGCACCCUAUUCCCUAUAAGUAGUGGACUAUUGGGUGCCCGUUUCGGAUGCACAACAAGGAUCCCAAAAAGAUUAGUCAAAAUCACUCAAACUCUUGCAGCUACAGUAGGCCUAUUAUGCAAGCAUGGUGUCCGUGUCAGUGACUUGAAUAUUGCUUGGGUUAAAUCAACAAUAAUGUAAUCUGUUCUGUGUGUAAAUGUACAAAAUUAUUUGUGUAACUUUAUACUUUAUUCAGGGCGGCAGGUAGCCCAGGGGUUAGAGCAUUGGGCCAGUAACUGAAAGGCUGCAAGAUCAAAUCCCCGAGCUGACAAGGUAAAAAUCUGUCAUUCUGCCCCUGAACAAGGCACCGUUCCUAGGCCGUCAUUGUAAAUAAGAAUUUGUUCUUAACUGACUUGCCUAGUUAAAUAAAGGUCAAAUAAAAAUACUCUCAUUUGUAUUUUGUGAUAUCACUACUGAGGUUUAACUGUGGUAUAUUUUGUAUUUGGUGUGAAAAACCGGCACUCUCAAACUGAUAACUUAACUUAUUAUUUUUCAGCUGUAUUAACUAAUCUUUGUGUGCUAAUACUUGUUCACAGAUAAUAAAAGUGAAAGAUUAUAAUGCAGCUCUAUUCAUGAUUAAUUAUUAUGUAUUACAAAUCAAUAUGUCACAUAUUCAGAGAAUUACAUAGAUUCAUAUAAUUGUGCACAUUCAUAUUUAUGUAUUUAUAUGGUGGUUUCAUUCAUGUAAAGUACAAUCUAUUUCAAUUGUAUAUUGUUAGUCAACGUUUGUCUAAUAUUGGGUACGGAUUGCACAGACAAUCAAAUGUUUUAUCAAA